CUUAUCCUCUCUGGCGAACCAUUUCAUAAUCAGAGGAUCCCAUUAGAGAGUCAUUUUCAGGUGUCCAUUUCUCAUAUUUCCGCAAGCAAUCUCCAAAAAUAUACUACCCUUUUUACCAGCUACAGACAGAAACUUCUACGUUAACUAAGUUACAACAAAGGUAAAAGAACCUUCUCCCAAUCAAUCCCUCCAUUAUUGAAGUUCGCAAUCCUUUUUUUUUUUAACCCCUACGGAAGAAGUCUUGCUAGCUAGUCAUAGGAAUUUAAGUGCAAUGGAUGCAAGAAAAAUAGUGGUGGUUGUGGAAGAUGUAGAUGUGGCGAGAACAGCCCUGCAGUGGACUUUACACAAUCUUCUUCGUUAUGGGGAUUUGAUUACUCUGCUCCAUGUUUUCCCAUCAACAAGAUCUAGGAACAAGAACAAGCUCAGACUUCUCAGGUUAAAGGGCUUCCACUUGGCUCUUUCCUUCAAAGAUAUCUGCAACAAUUUCCCAAAUACCAAGACUGAGAUUGUUGUGACUGAAGAGGACCAAGAAGGAGGAAGGAUUGUGACCAUUGUUAGAGAGCUUGGAGCUUCUGCUCUUGUUGUUGGGCUUCAUGAUCAGAGCUUUCUGUACAAGUUGGCAACGGACCACAACAAUAUUGUGAACGCUUUGAAUUGCAAAGUCCUAGCCGUCAAAGCCCCAACAUCGAUGGCGACGAGGACUAUUUCUGUGCCGGAUAGUUCAACCAACAUGGACUUCUCCCAAAUUGAAAUUUCUGCAUUAAGCAUACCAGAGAUUCCUCCUCAAAAAAUUCCUUACCAGCUUUGUCCAGACCCUUCGGCCAUUAUAUGGAGAUCAAGAAGAAGUUUAAGAAGAAAAAUUUGACCAUUCCUUCUUCAAAAUAGUUAACUGAUGGAUGAUGUAACAGUUGUUGACUCACACAGCACAUGGAAAAUAGAAACUAGAAAAAUAAAAAAAUACAUAUAUAGUCACAGAGCUGCUUGCACUCAACACACUCUUCUGAUUGAAGAAGGUCUCAUCGUGGCAGCAGCUUGAACUUGUAUCUUAGACGUGGAUUGGAAGAGCGACUUGAUCACGCUUUGAAUUUACCCUUCGGCGCGCCUUCCAUAGGGGAUCUGAAGGCGUGAUUGGAAGCAUGGAAACUGGAAAGAGCCAAAAGUGCUUUCACUAUUUCUGG